AUGAACACUGAUCUACAUACUUUUCAGCCCAAACAAUGCUAUUUCGAAUUAUAGACUCACAAUUCAUUGAAUGUGUUGUGAAUGACUUGUACUACCCCAGCGAGAUAGGUCUACGUAUUAAUUUACAGACUGUUGUGUUGACGUACCCGGUAACCAUUUUUAAAUAUUGGGCUAUGCAUUAUGGCAAGAAAUGAAAUUCUGUGGUUACCGCUAUUUAUUUUGAUCUUUUUUCCUCUAAUGCUGGUGACGAUAAUUGGAAACUUCAUUGUUAUGCUCACUGUGUAUCGUAAACGGUCGCGAGUAAAAUCUCCGAAUAAUAUAUUUAUGUCAUCGUUAGCACUCUUCGAUUUCUUAACGGGUAUUAUUGCAAUUCCUUCCCUUAUGGCUGGAUAUCUACAUAAGGGACAAUGUCCAGAAAUAUGGUACAGUCUGCCACCCUGUAUAUUUAUCGGUAUCUCACUGCUUAAUCUUAAUGUGAUGACUUUUGAUCGAUUUCUUGCGAUUAAAUUCCCUCUUCGGUAUCAUGUGUGGAUGUCGCCUGAAAGAGCAAUUCGAAUUAUUAUUAUUAUUGAUGUUUGUGGUGUUUUUUACGGAGGAAGUCCAUUUGUUGCGGUUUCCGCUGCAAGCCUUUUUGUGCCACCACCUAAAGUGACGUAUGAAAACAUAACGUAUGAAUACGACUGUGGGAUUUCUGCACUUUAUGGUAUGUACGGCAAACCUGUUUACGACUACGUUAUACUCCUCUUUUCGGGCGUAACAAUUCCUAUCAUGUUCUUUCUAUAUGCAUAUGUUUACCUAAUUGCGUCAAAGAAAGGAAAGGAGAAUGCAACACGCCAGGGAAAGAAGGUUAGAAGACGAGAAAUGAAAGUGACAAAAACCACAGCCAUAGUACUUCUUACUUACACCCUGUGCUUUGCGCCAACUACUGUCAAAAGCAUUUUCUUUGCAUACGUUAAUAGUUUCACCUGGCGUGUGAUUUACAUGUGGUUUGCAAAUUCACUUCUCUUUGCUAACUCGAUGAUGAAUCCGUUAAUUUAUGCAGGAAGAAGUAGAGAAAUGAGAAAAGAAUUCAAAGAAACAUUUAGGUUCAUCAUUUGCAAGGUUUCAUCCGGACCAGUAAACGCGGAGUCAGGCACAAAGGCAUUCACAAGACGACAGUCGCCUAAAGUUGAUUUGGUGACAACUUCAUCAGCAGACUUGGCAGCUCGUUUCACCACGUCGUUUGAAAACACUGGCGACGUUUCAGUGCAGGUAUUAUAGAAAAAUUAGAUACCAUCACACACACUUAUAUCAUAGAGAAAAUUUCUCUAUGCUUAUAUACGGUAAAGGAUCAAAUGCCAAGAGCAUUGGUCGAAGCUCAAGAGUUUUUGCAUUUUUCCACAUUAAAGCAAACAAUAAACAACGUGACCAGCACAUUGGUCGAAGAUUACCAAUACGACAUUGGCAAGCAUACUCUCUUUUCUUCAACUGAACUUAAUAAUUCUUCAAUUUUAGAUUCACCAUUGCACUCGUAAUUUGUUAAUGUUCAUCUGUGUCUUGGGAUCACAAUGCAACACAAGAAUACUGUUACCAGAGUGUUUUCAUUCUGAUAAAAUAUGCGUAUAAUGAACUGUUCUGGAUUAUGACAAGUAUCUCGGCUCAAACUUUUGGUAUCUUAGGUAGACAUAUUAACUGUUUAUUUGUGACAUGCUCGUACACAAGAAUGUUUAGAAAUGUGGGCACGUUUUUCCGAGUACAGUUGAUUCAGCUUUAUAUUUACAACAUUUAUGGCCUCCUAAAUAAAAUUUUAAAAUAUGAAUUGCUUAAUGUGUAAAACGUUUGUAAACCAAUGAAAAUUGUGGUUUUUAUCUGAACGUUUUAUAAGUUUGAUGACUUGAGUGUUUUUAAAUUAGAAAGUCAUGCCUACUUUUGGAUUGCAU